AAUGAGUGACAAGAAUAAAAGAGAAAAAAAAAAAAAGGUUUGUCGAUAUAUAAAAGACAGUGAAAUUAUCAAUUGAUAGUUUAGUUGAUGUAUUUCAUUUGUAUAACGUAUAUAAAAUAAAUAGUGAGGUAAUUUUUGAUAUUGGGUUGAAUUGAAAAAUUUAAUAAUGGAAGAAAUAUAUAAUAAAAUAACAAAUCCUGAUGAGUGGGGUAUUGAUAAUAAUGAAACAAGUGAAAUACAAAAAUUUUAUGCAAAUCAAAGUGUAUUUUUAACUGGAUGUACUGGUUUUCUUGGAAAAUGUAUUGUUGAAAAAUUACUAAGAUCAUGUCCAGAUUUAAAAAAAAUAUAUCUUUUAGUUAGACCAAAAAAAAUCUCAGCUCAAGAAAGAAUUAAAGAAUAUUUUAAUAAUGUUCUAUUUGAUGAACUUAAAAAAUUACAACCAAAAUUUACAUCAAAAAUUGUUGUGAUUAAAGGAAAUUUAGAGAGUGAAAAUUUGGGUUUAUCUGAUGAAGAUAAAUGUGUUAUUAUAAAUGAAGCAACAAUAUUUAUUCACAAUGCAUCAAAUGUUAAAUUUGAUUUACGAAUAUCUGAUUCACUUAGUUGUAAUGUUUUUGGUACUAAAAAUAUGCUUGAUCUAGCAUGUCAGUGUAAAUAUAUUAAAGUAUUUACUUAUGUAUCAACAGCAUAUUCAAAUUGUCAUGAAAAACAAAUAUUUGAAAAAUGCUAUCCAUCACCAGGUGAUUUAAAUUUAAUUCAAAAUUGCAUUGAUACUGAUCGUUCAACACCUGAUGGUAUGUCAUCAGCAGCAAUUAAAGAUUUUAUUUCACCAUGGGAAAAUAUGUAUGUUUUUGGUAAAGCAACUGCUGAAAAUUUAGUCAAAAAAUAUGCUGAAAAAUCUACAUUUCGUUGUACAAUAUUUCGUCCAUCUAUCAUUAUGUCAAGUUUUCAAGAGCCAAUUCCUGGAUGGACUGGAAAUUUAAAUGGACCAGUUAUAAUGUUUUUAGGAUCAGGUCUUGGACUUGUUCAUGUAGCAUAUCAAAUGACAAAUCCAUUUGACAUGGUACCAGUUGAUAUGUGUACAAAUGGAUUAAUAGCAACAACCUGGGAUGCCGUUGUUAAUCAAAAUGAAACUGGAAAAGUUUUUGUAUACAAUUAUGCAAGUUCAGUUGUUAAUCCAGUUAGUAUAAAAAAAUUUGAAAAAAUGGCAUAUGAAAGAGGCUGUACAGCUCCAGCAAUAAAAUCAGCUCCACAUUUUUUUCACAUAACAAAUUCAGUUGUAUUAUUUUUAAUUGGACAUAUAUUGGGUCAUUGUAUUCCAGCUAUUUUUGCUGAUAUUGUAUUAUUAGCAAGUGGAAAAAAACCAUUUUGUGUGAGUAUUGUGUACAAGGCAACACUCUGGUUACCAACUGUGUGUUUAUUUGCCAAUGGAAAUUGGCGAAUUUACGUCAACGAAACAACAAAAGUUUGGGAUCGAAUGAAUAAACGUGACAAUGAAUUAUUUUAUAAUGAUCUUAGAAGCUUUGAUUGGAAUACUUAUUGCUAUUAUUAUUGGGCAGGAUUGAGAUUAUACAUUAUGAAAGAUUCAAUUUCAACAGUCAAAGAUGCAAAGAAAAAAUUUGAUUUAUAUAAAAAUAUUUUACAUAUUUUAUUUUAUAUUAUUUUAUUAUUAUUUGUAUAUAUUUCUUGGGAUUAUAUUGUCAUUAUGUUUAAGCCAUUUUUAGAACUUAUUAAACUUGUUAAUAGUUUUAUUUAAUAAUGCUAAUUAUAAUUACUAAAAAAAUUUUAUUUAUUCGUUUUUAAAUUUAUUUAAAUUUAAUCUCUUAAUUGUUUUGAUAAAUUUAUAGAAAAAAAAAAAUAAUAAUAGUUUACUUAGGAAUUUGAUACAAUAGUUAUAUUAAACUUGUAAAUUUUAAUAAUCAUAAUUAUAUAAUUGUAUAAUGAUAAAAAUAAUAUGUAAAAAAACAAAUUCAAGUAUUUUUCGGUUUUUUUGUUUAAAUUUGGUUUUGUCGUUUUAAGUUUUAAGUUAAUUCACUGUGUGGUCUUGUUGUAUAAUGUUGUUAAUUUAUAAAUAAAUUAAUGCUUAUUAAUUAUUGCAAAUAUGAAUUUGAUUAAAAAAAAAUUAAUGAAUACAAAGAUUGUUCGUGUUUACAUCAUGUAAAUAACAAAAAUUAUGACAAAUUUUUUUAAAUUUAUUCAAGUGUUUUAAUUUAUUUGACUUUGACCUGUUUUAAAAUUUAUUUUGAGUACAAUAAAAACCAGUCGAUAUAUAAAGACUAAUUUAAAGAAAAAAAAAAACUACUUGUGGAAAAUUUUCAAAAUAAAAAACAAUUUUUAUAAAGUUUUUAAUACAAAUUAAUAUAAAAUAAUUUUUUUAUUGUUUUAAAAUUUAAUUAAUAAAUAAUUACAAAAAUAAUUUAUAUAAAAAUAUUAAAA